GCAGAGGCGCGCCGCGGCGUUCAUACGCUAGCGCUGCACAAUCUGGCCUGCGCACGCGUGCUGCGAUCCGUUAUCCAUCUUAGCACUGCGCUCGCAGCAGUAACCCCAGCAAUAUGGCUAGCUACGCCUCCGACGGCCGCGCGACGCCCCCACCACCGCCGGCAACCAAACUACUAGUCGUCGUCACAGCGGCCAACGAGUUGCAAGCAACGAGCGCGCGGAUCGAACUGGCGAAGCGCAGCCUGCCCGCCCAUACCAAAACAAUUGCCGUCGCGGACCCUGCGGGACGACGCAUCGGUUCGGGCGGGGGCACGCUCAACGCCCUCAAGGCGGCCCACGAUUUACUAGGAGACGCGUGGUUGGAUAAUAGGCUCAUCUUGAUAAUUCACUCGGGCGGCGACUCGCAGCGUGCGCCGUCGCAGAGCGUGUGUGGUAAAGCGUGGUCGCUGCUUCCCACGGUGCCGCCUAAAGCGCCCGUCGAUUUACUCAUAGAGCAACUCCUCAAACUGUGCGCCGGUGCGCAUGGUGUCGUCGUGGCCUGCGGCGACGUAUUAUUGAAACUGCCGGACGAGCCGGGCUCGCUCGCGAAUCAAGGCGUCACGGGCCUCGCCGUGCCCGCGCCCAAGGACUACGGUACGAGACACGGCGUCUACGUGUCUCGUGAAGGAAGGUGCUCUCAAUAUUUACAGAAGGCGUCUCCUGCCGAACUCGAGAGGGCCGGCGCCGUCGUCGACGACAAGGUAGCCCUGGACUCGGGCGUCGUCUUCUUCGACGUCGCGACGUCCAGAAAACUGGUAGCCUUGGCCGACGCCGCGAUACGACACCGCGUCGAGCUCUACGGGGAUUUGAUCCAGGCGCUUGAUGGCGGCGGCGUCGCGUCGGAGGACGCUUUCUUAGCCCUCAAGUCGGACGCACCCUUAUCACUGAGAAGGAUUCUAUAUGAGCAGCUCCGCGACGUGCCGCUACAUGUCCUGACGCCUCGUGACUCUGCCUUCGCCCACGUCGGGACGUCGCAGGAACUGCUCGAUGUACUAUGCAGACCGUCGCUCUUUCGAGAGGGCCUUGGCUUGCACGCUUUAUCUCAAUCGGUCGGUGCUUCCAGUGAAGAUGAUGGUGUCAGAGGCGUGCUCCUCAACUCGCUCGUCGCGUGUGGGGCGUCUUCAUUAAUUGCGGGAAGUUUCGUGGAGCACUCGCGCCUCGCAUCGUUGGACGUCGUCGGCGCGAACUGCGUCGUGUCCUGUGUGAGAGGACUACCACCAGGAUUUAGAAUACCUCCUGAUACCUUACUCCAACAGACGCAACUGAGCGACGGGCGUUUUGUGUGCGUUAUGAUGGGUGUCAAGGACGACGUCAAAGGUAUGGAUACGUUGCGCGGCGAGCCCUUCUCCCAAGUUCUGGAGCGCCUCCAGUCCGAUGACGUCUGGCCCUCGGAUACGACGAAGACGCUCUGGACCGCCCGGCUCUGGCCUAUCAGGGAAACGCCGGAGGACGCGACGCGGGCCGCGUUGUUGACCGAUGACUGGCUUGGUGAAAAGUUAUCGCUCGCGGACAUUCUGCAGCAGGCGGACCGCGGCGCCGAGCUCGCGUGGCGCGACGCCUUACGAGACCACAUCUCACACACGGUGACGGCCACGGCACCUUUGAGGAUAGAUCUGGCCGGCGGCUGGUCCGACACGCCCCCCAUCUGCCACGAGGCCGGCGGCGCCGUUUGUAACGUCGCUGUCACAUUAGACGGGAAACGGCCCGUCGGCUGCCGCUGUUCUCCGCUUGCGAGGAAGGAGUUAAUCCUCAGAAUAGAGGACACGCAGACGUGCGUCGUCACGUCGUUGGAAGAUUUAGGGGAUAGAAGCGACCCGCGCGCGCCCUGCGCGUUGCUGAAGUGUGCCCUAGUCGUGGCGGGCGUCGUCGACGUCGAUGGUCCACCUUUACAAGAGCAACUCCAGCACGGCCUGGAGCUCACGAGCUGGUCGCGCGUGCCUACGGGCUCUGGACUCGGCACGUCCAGCAUAUUAGCGGCGUGCGCCGUGGCCGUUCUCAGGGAGGGAUCGCGGCAACAAUUGGUCGAGGACGCGUUAAAAGUCGAGGCCGAGCUCACGACGAAGGGCGGCUGGCAGGAUCAAAUUGGCGGCGUCUACCCCGGUUUCAAGCUCGCCGUGUCGCAGAAAAGUGACAAGUUGAUACUGAACGUGAAGGAGCUGUCUUCAGCAUCUGAUUUGCACUUCGUGCUGAUCUACACGGGGACGGCGCGUUUGGCAAGGGACAUCCUGGACCGCGUCCUGGAGCGGUGGCGCGCCAAAGAAGGAAGUGUUGUAGAGGACGUCGCGUCGCUCGUCGCGGGCGCGAAGCGGUCCGCCGCGGCCGUGGUCACGGGCGAUGCGGUGGUUGUGGGCGAGGAAUUGGACAAGUACUGGACGCUCAAGAAGCGCAUGGCCGCGGGCGCGCAGCCGCCGCGCGUCGCGGCGAUGCUCGCGGCAUUGAAAAGGGCGGGCGUGCACGGCGCGGCUUUGUGUGGAGCGGGCGGCGGCGGGUUUCUGGUGGUCGUGACGAAGGAGGCUGACGACCGCGCGGGCGUGCUGGAAGCCUUAGGGGUCUGGAAGGCGGGCGCGUCGCUGCACCGCUGCGACGUAGACCGGGAGGGGCUCGUCGUGGCGCGCGGGGCGUCUUCUUCGUAGUGUAAUAUAUGUGUUGUCGUGG